UUAAGCCUAGUUCAUUUAUUAUGAGUGGUGCUAAGGUUUUAUUUACUUAUCUUUUGAAAGACUUUUUUUUUUAUACUUAUAGAGACGACAUGGGUGACGUGACGGAGAAUGUCGGUUCUAAGCUGUUUACUUACAAGACCCUAGUGCAUGCUAUUGCUGGUGCGGCUGGAAGUGUGACAGCUAUCACUGUUUUCUUUCCCCUAGAUACAGCUAGGCUCCGUCUCCAAGUUGACGACCAGCGACAAGCUAAAUCUACUCCUCACAUUAUUUGUGAAAUUUUGAAGCAAGAAGGGUAUACCUCUCUCUACAAAGGCUGGUUCCCAGUGAUAUCCAGCUUGUGCUGUUCCAAUUUUGUAUAUUUCUAUUGCUUCCAAGGACUGCAGGCUAAGUAUGUGCAGACACUACCUCAGCACAAAGCCUUCAAAGAUCUUAUAUUUGGAAUUAUUGCAGGUGUUUUAAAUGUUUUAGUGACGACUCCAAUGUGGGUUGUGAAUACAAGACUGAAACUGCAAGGUGUUAAGUUCAAGUCAGAGAUUUCCAACAAACCUUCCUACUACAAAGGUAUCUUAGAUGCGUUUAAGAAGAUUAUCAAAGAUGAAGGAUUUUGGUCUCUUUGGAAUGGAACCAUGUCAUCUUUAAUGUUAGUGGGUAACCCUGCAAUUCAGUUCAUGGUUUACCAGACACUGAAACGAUGGCGACAGGGGGCGUCUCACUCUAUGGAAUUAGGAAAUGUAACUUAUUUUUUAAUUGGUGCAGUGGCUAAAGCUGUGGCGACAGUAUUAACAUACCCACUACAAGUGGUACAGAGUAAACAAAGGUUUAGUAACCAGGGCAACAAGAAAGAUGUACCAACCAAGACGGUUGACCUCCUUAAACAUAUAAUAAGAACUCAUGGUUUCCGACAUCUCUACAAAGGACUGGAGACCAAACUCAUUCAGACCGUGCUGACAGCAGCCCUGAUGUUUCUCACAUAUGAGAGAAUAGCUGCAACUGUGUUUAGAAUAAUGAGGCUUGAAAAUGCUUUGAAGAAAACAGAAUAAAGGAAGAUUAUAGGCACAAAGGAGGGGCGAGAUAGUAUAGAAUUGCAAGAUAUCCAACUCUGUCCUCAUUUUGUAUGCAGGCAAUGAAACGUUAGAAAACACACACAAAAAAAAAAGUACUACCAGGAGAUAGGGGGCGCCAUAUUAAAAUUCGAAUGGAGCUCGAAACUCGAAGGACACGCCUCUUCGCGGUAGUACUUUUUGCAAUUAUGAUUACGUUCCAACGAAACUACGAGAGUCGGACCAGUUCUAUACUCUUUGAUAAAAGACUUGAUUAUAGAGCAUCGAUGUUAAAAUGACCAUUUAAUAACAGAAUUACUAGACAGGCCUUUUAGGUCAUUAAAUAUGAUAAAAAUCGGAAAAGAACAUUGAUACUACUGUAUACUAGAAAGUAUAAUACAUACUAUAUAUAUUGAAAAACACGCCAUCGUGUACUAUACGAAUUAUAAUAAAUUAAUUAAUAUCGCUAUAUUAAUAUUAUUAUUUUUUCCAAGGCUAAUAACUUGGAGGUAAACCAUGGACCAGAAUGUCAAUCAAACUUAACAAAAUGACCAAUCAGAAAAGGCCAGGAAUGUGCGCAUAUCCUAUAAACGCAUGUGUUGUCUUUGUCCCGCAAACGCAACUGUGUGCGUAUGUUUCUACACUGUCGUUUUGUGUAGUAACUUAUCAACAAAUAUCCAUGGGGCGCAGGACUUAGUUGAAAGAUCCAUUGGAAUACCGUAAAACCACGAAUAGAAGCCCUGGGCUUCUUUUUUCUGCGAGCUUUGGAUAGGCUUCUUUUCGAGAUGGGCUAAUUUUGCAAAGUAAAGAGGGAAGCUUAUUUCAAAAUGAAUGCUGUAUAUUUUUGGAAUUACUACUACUGUACUAUAAAAAAACAAAUAGGGUAACAUCAGUCUGUGUCAUGGAGUGUAUUAACCGGCAUUAAAUCACUUAAACUACCGUGUAAACGAAGCGUGUUUUUAAUUUAUUUUGUUUCAUUGAAAUUCAUGUACAGUGUAGGCCAUGCGUUUCUUUUCGAGAUGGGCUUAAGCUUCUUUUCGAGGCUACUUUUGCAAAUUAACAGAGGGGGGAUAGUCAAUUGGAGAUGAGCUUCUUCUCGAGAUUAAGCCUAUUUGUGCUUCUAUUCGAGGUUUUAAGGUAUUCUUCAAACUUGCGCGUCCCUCCCCCAUCCCCGUCGUGGAGAAUAACUUAGUCAUGUGCUUACUGAGAUACAACAUGUGCUGUUGCGAUAUCACUGGACACUGGUCCGGCCCUGGGCCGGGAAAAUAAUUAUUCUUAUACUAAACAAUAUGAAAAAUAAAGGUCGAUAAUAUCGAACGUUA